AGCAGUACAUGCCUAUAGCCCCAUAGCCAGCACCCCACUACUUGAGAGCUGAUUCCCACCUUCAAUUCUUCAAACACUAGAAGCCCUAGAAUCCAAGGCAACACAGCUCCUUGCUCUUCCCCACCACCAUUUUCAUCUCCGUCUCUACCUCUACCUCUGGUUCAGUUUCACAUUAGUUUGGCAAGAUAUAAUUAACUGUGAAGGAUAUGUAUAUAUAGAUACAGCUUAUGUAUAUAUCCAUAAAGCCAUAAAGCUUUGUUUCCCUUGUAGUAUUACUAGUACCCCACUCAUCUCUUCUAUCAGUACUAAAGCACAAAUCCACAUCAAAUCAAAUUGAGACUCUUCCAUGGGAAAAACCUUCAUGAUAUAAUAUUAUUAUUGUUAUAGCUAGCCACAGCAUUUGAUUAGUUUAAAGCAAAGUUCCCACUACUCACAAUCAUUCCAAAGUUCAAACCCAUCAAUCUCUCCACAAUCUCACAAAACCCUCCUUUUAUGCUCUACCCAUCUCUCCCAUAAAAACCCAUCAUCCCCAGUGAGAUAUCACUUCAUUUCAAGGUCAUUGUUGAACCAUGUCAUCCAUUGCAGGACUUGCAGACCCGGGUGAGAAGGUACACAAGAAAUCCUUCCACCGGAGGAACGACUCCGGCGAGCUGGACGUGUUCGAAGCUGCACGUUAUUUCUCUGGCUACAACGAAGCUCCGACGAUGAUGAUGAAAGAAGAUAGAUCGUCAUGGAGAGGAGGCAGAAUUAGUCUUGACAUGCCAAUCCGAAACGUGCUUGAUCAACAGCUUCAUCAUCAUCAUCAUCAUCACCAUGCGGUGGAUCAGAAGCAGAAUAUGAAAGAAAAGAUCAAAUACAAGCAGCCAAGCUCUCCAGGUGGGAGACUAGCUAGCUUCUUGAAUUCACUUUUCAACCAAUCAGGUUCCAAGAAGAAGAAAUCAAAAUCCAGUACCACGCAGUCUAUGAAAGACGAGGAGGAGAGUCCAGGUGGGAGGAGAAGAAGAAGAAGCAGCAUUAGCCAUUUUCGAAGCUCGAGUACUACUACCACCACCGACGCCAAGUCCAUAUACUCAUCUUCAAGCUCUGGCUUCCGAACACCUCCUCCUUACGGUGCACAAAUCGCAACCGCCAAGAGCUACAAAGAUUGGAGAAGUUACUCAGAUCACAAGCCGCAGCAGCAAGUGGUGUCCAAUUUGUCCAAGCAUAGUGUUCUGUCACAUGCAAAAUCUACACUCUUGGAUGAGAAAGUUUCAUCAAACAGAGAGCUAAACUGGUUGGACGAGAAAUUCAAAUACAACAACCGGCUGUCGUUGUCGGAGAAGUACAAGAAUUCAAUAGAUCAGGAUCACAACAAGGGAUUGUUGAAGAGGCUGAGUGAGGUGGUUGAUGAUGAUGAUGAUGGUGCAGAAAGUGAUUCGAGCUCCGAUCUUUUCGAGUUGCAGAACUAUGACUUGGGGGGAUACUACUCAAGCGGUUUGCCUGUGUAUGAAACUACCAACGUGGAUAGCAUCAAGAAUAUCAGAGGAACCCCGAUUGCAAAUGCCUCAUAGGCUCAUAGUCACAUAAGCUUUAGUACUGUGUAUUAUUUCAUUGUUAAUUUGCAGUAUGGGAUAUGAUCAUAUAAAUUUAUGUUGGAUGCA